GCAUCGCUCUUGCGCCCCGGUCGAGUUGCCCUAACUCUCUCUACGUCUCCACCGUGCGGCGGAACCCCCGCCGAGAUGGCCACUGAAGAAGACGCGAGCAAACUCCAAUCCAGGAAGAAGAAGAAGAAGAUGUUGUUGAAGGAACCGAGCAAGGAGGAGGAGAAGAAGAAGAAGAAGAAGAAGGCGAAAAAGGAUAAAUGGGGCCAACCGGUUCUCGACUCCUGGGAUGAGCCGCAGCAACAAGAAGAAGAAGAAGAAGAAGAAGAAGAAGAAGAAGCAGGUGUGGGUGGUGGUGGUAGUGGUGGUGGUGGUGGUGAUGAGGAUACGUACGAGCGCAAUAAGGUGGUGGUGAGCGGAAUGCCCUACUCCGCCACCGAGCAGCAGAUUCGAGAGCUCUUCGACGGCGUCGGCGCCGUUCGCCAUCUCCACCUCUCCCGCUUCCCCGACUCGGGAAACUUCAGCGGCCUCGCCUUCCUCACAUUCCAGACUGAGGAUGAUGCAACGAGUUCUCUUAAGCUUGAUGGAUUCAAAAUGGGUAACAGAUUCAUAAGGGUCGAGCGUUGCAGACUCGAUUCCACGAGGAAAAGGAGGAGAGAGUUCAUUAGCGAACCCGAGAAGGUCGACGGCUGCUGCUCGGCAUAUGUCGGGAAUCUCUCAUGGGAUGUGACAGAAGACGAUAUAAGGGGCUUCUUUGAAGAAUCUAAGAUUGCUUCUAUAAGAUUUGCCUUUGAUAAGAAGACGGGUAAUUUCAGGGGCUUCUGUCAUGUAGAUUUCGAGGAUGAUGAGUCACUGGAGAGAGCUAUGAAGAAAGACCAGGUUGCGCUGCAUGGCAGGCCAAUAAAGAUAGCUUAUGCAGUUGGCAAUAGGAACUGAACCAACAAGCUUUUCCCAAAAGCUCCUUUACUAUUGAUCAUUUGGUAAAUCCCCAAACGCCGUUAAGUGCUUCCUCAAGAACCAUAUUUAUCCCCCUGUACUCGAAAUUUUAUAAAUUCUUAACAUGAAGAGCUAUAAUUGGUUUUAAUUAAGGUUUCAGAGUGGCUAUUAUCUAUUUAGAUGAUAAAUUUUAUUUUGGUGGGAAAUAGUACCAAAGAUACAACAGUUAUGAGGUAAAUAACUGUCAAUUGAUGCCUAAAGGGGCGUAUAUGUUAAUAUAAGUGUAGAGGGAUAAAUUUGCUAUGUUGACUCAAAAUUCUUCUUGAAUAUGUGUUUGAAUACCCCAAUAUGAACAUGGGUGGCGUAUUGUUUCAUUC